AGCAGCGAUUAUUCUCCGGGGGAAGGGAGAAGUUUCCAAUGCAGCGCAACACGAAAAGGGCAAAUCAAGUCAAUGAUUUGCCGGAAAUCAACUGUCACGAGGGAAGGGAUUCGGAUUGAUCCGCGGGUUCGCGCUUUCAAGAAGAAGGCGGACAGCAGCAGCAGCAGCAGCAGCAGCUAACACGCUUACUUCUCUCUCUCUCACACACACCCCCUCUCUCUUUCCCUCAAGCUGUUGCUUUGCGGUGCUGCCGCUGAUGUCAGUCCGGCCCGGGAUUGAUCCGCCGAGUCAAACGCAUCAAACAUCGGAGCCCACCCUUGCCCGGGGAAAAAGCAGCAAGUAUGACAGGGCCAAGACUUUGCUUGUUCACCAAAUAACCAAACGGGUAAUGAAAAACACAAAAUUUCAAUAUGAAUCAUGCACACAAGCACACAGAAUAAAAAGGCACAAAGUUGACUGGUGGAGAAGCGUGCUUGAGUGAUUGAAUCAUUAUGACUGGGGUCUGAUAGGAGUGCUGGCAGUGAGAGCUGCACGGCGGUUGGAGAAACAACCUGGCUGCAGACCACGGGGGGGGAGGGGAAAGGAGAUUGGGGGCCAGCCUCGGAGAUGAAGGGGAGGAGGGUGUAACGGGAUUGGGCGUCAACCAGAUUAAGGUGAUGCAAUCAGAGGCAUUGAGAGGAAAAUAAGAUAGGUGAUCACAAAUUCACGAUGCAAAAAGAACUAUGAGCAAGGGGUAUGUAUGGGAUGGGGAAUGGAAAAUGGUAUUGAACUGUUUAGAGAAAAAAAAAAAAAAAAAGUGAUAGUGUUCACGUACCUUAGAUGGUGAUUCGAUCACAACCGUGGUAAAGGCAGAAGAGAGAUGAGGGAAG